GUAUAUAUCUUUGUUCAUGAAGGUUGAAGGAACGGGGAAGCUACUCUAAUCACUCAUUUAAAAAACGUUAUUGACUGUGAUGGGUCAACACGCUGUCAGCCAACGUUUAGGAUUGACAGGCGGAAAGAAUAAAAGAAUAUGGCCAUAGCUGCAGAAUUCAGCAGAACUCUAUGAACACAACACUUGCAAUAGAAAAAAGUACUUGAAAGUUAAAAGUGACGAUGUCUUGAGAAUUUUGGAGGAACUGGUUAGGCUGCCAAAAAGAAAAAAAAAUGGCAGCAGAGUCUCUAGUGAGCUUUCUGCUUGACAAGCUUGCUAGCUUUGUUGAAAAUGAGAUUCCACUCUUGAAGGGGGAUCGGCAAGAAGCUUUGUUUCUGAGAGGAGAAUUAGAGCGCAUGAGGGCUUUGCUGAAGAUUGCAGAUGCGUUGGAAGAAAGUGAUGAGGAGCUCAAAGUGUGGCUUAAGCAAGUAAGAGAGAUUGUUUAUGAAACAGAAGAUGCUCUUGAUGAAUACAGACUUAUUCAAGCACAUGAUCAAUGUCAUGGGCUUGGACUCUAUGGUUAUCUCCACAAAUUUUCAUGUUGUAUCAAGAGCAUGAAGGCUCGUUCUCGUAUUAUUUCUGAAUUAAAUUGCAUCAACUCCAGAAUAAAAAAUAUUUCUGAGGUUCAUGAGAGGCUGCUUCCCAAAUUCACUAGAGCCGAACAAGGUUCAGGCAUCACAAGUGCAGGAAAUACAUGGGAGUAUCGUCGAGGGGAUGCUCUUCUUCUCGACAAGACUGAUUUAGUUGGGAUAGAUGAGCCUAAGCAGCAGCUGGUGGAGUGGCUGGUAAAGGGUGGUUAUGGACGUGAAGUGGUUUCUGUGGCAGCAAUGGGUGGAAUGGGGAAAACUACCUUGGCAAAGCAAGUAUAUGAUGAUCCAGAAGUGAAGAAACACUUCAAAAGACGUGCAUGGAUCACUGUUUCUCAAUCUUUCAAGAUGGAAGAACUCCUCAGAGACAUGAUCCAUCAAAUCUACAGCGUAGUCAGCAGACCAGUUCCAGAAGGUUUAGACAGCAUGAACAAAGACCGGCUGAGAAGAAUAGUCAAGGAUUUGCUCCAGAAAAGGAGGUACUUGAUUGUCUUGGAUGAUGUAUGGCACUUGUAUGAAUGGGAUGCUCUCAAAUAUGCCAUGCCUAACAAUAACUGUGGCAGCCGGAUAAUCCUCACCACACGUAAUGCUGAUGUGGCCUCCUCCUCCGGUGUUGAAUCCGUAGGUAAGGUCUAUAACUUGAAGCCCUUGACCCCAGAAGAAUCUUGGCAACUUUUCAGUAGGAAGACCUUUCAAUUGAAUGCAUGCCCUAGUUAUCUCAAGAAAAUCUGUCAAUAUACUUUAAAAAAGUGUGAGGGACUUCCCCUUGCAAUUGUGGCAAUCAGUGGUGUUUUGGCUACAAAAGACAAGCGCAGGACUGAUGAGUGGAAUAUGGUUGGCCGCAGUCUUGGAGCUGAAAUUGAUGGAAAUGAUAAACUCCAGGAUCUGAAGAAAGUACUUUCGCUCAGUUUCAAUGAUUUGCCAUUCUACCUAAGAUCUUGUUUUCUAUACUUGAGCAUAUUUCCGGAGGACUAUCGUAUUGAGCAAAUGAGAGUAAUACGAUUAUGGAUAGCAGAGGGAUUCAUUGAAGCCAAAGAAGGGAAAACACUGGAAGAAGUUGCAGAGGACUACCUCAAUGAACUGUUGAAUAGAGGCCUACUGCAAGUGGCAGGCACAACCACCGACGGAAGGGUCAAACUGUAUCGCAUCCAUGACCUGCUCCGGGAGAUCGUCGUGUCAAAGGCUAGAGAUCAGAACUUCACCUCCAUAGCUAAGGACCACAACAUGACGAGACCUGAUAAGGUUCGACGCCUUGCUAUACAUAAUUCAUUGCAAAAUAUACAAGAAAACAGGUCUGUUUCUCGUCUACGUUCUUUGUUUAUCUUUCGGGUGUUAGAAAAGCUGUACAUACAAAGAUUGUUUCCUGGAGGUUUUAAGCUGCUAAGUGUGUUGGAUUUGCAAAAUGCACGUUUAAACAAGUUUCCAAUGGAUAUAGUCAACCUCUACUACUUGAAAUAUCUAAGCUUCAGAAGUACCAAGGUUAAAACCAUUCCAAGCCUCAUAGGGAAGCUCCAGAACCUAGAGACUUUGGAUCUUAAACAUUCUCGAGUCACUGAAUUGCCUGUUGAGAUCUUGAAGCUCCAACGACUUCGGCAUCUCCUUGUAUAUCAUUUGGAACUUGAAUCUUAUGAAUAUUUUCACUCGAGAUAUGGUUUUAAGGUUCAAGGAAAUAUAGGGGCUCUGCGAUCCCUACAAAAGCUGUGUUUCAUAGAAGCAAACCAAUGCAGUGACACUAUAAUGCUAGAGCUGGGGAAACUGUAUCAACUAAGGAGGCUAGGCAUUGUAAAGCUGAGAAAAGAAGAUGGGAAGUCUCUGUGUUCAUCCCUUACAAAGCUGACUAACCUUCGUGCGUUGUCUUUAACUUCAAUAGAGGAGGAAGAGAUUCUUGAUUUGCAGCACCUUUCUUCUCCACCUCCAUUGAUUCAGCGGGUCUAUUUGCGAGGACGUUUGGAAACAUUACCUCACUGGAUACCAUCACUCCAUGGUCUGGUCAGAUUGUCCUUGAAAUGGAGUAGAUUAAUGGAUGAUCCACUUGUGCUCCUCCAAAACCUACCCAAUCUAGUUCACCUCGAAUUACUUCAAGCUUUUGAGGGAGACACGUUGUAUUUUAGGACUGGGGGGUUCAAGAAGCUCAAGGUUUUAGGCCUUGACGAAUUCAGUGAACUUAGAUGCAUGCAAGUGGAGGCUGGAGCAAUGCCUUGUGUUGAAAAGCUAAUUAUCCAGCGCUGCGAAUUUCUGAAGAGGGUGCCAAUAGGCAUUGAAUAUCUCACCAACUUGAAAGUUCUUGAAUUUUUUGACAUGCCUGAAGAAUUCAUACAGACACUUCGCCCAGAUGAAAAACAAAGUGAUUAUUGGAAAGUUGCUCACAUCCCAGAAGUCUAUUCUACCUACUGGAGAGAAGGUGGAUGGGAGGUCAAUCCUUUGGAUCUGGGUGAUGGAGAAAAUUUUCCCCGGCCCGGUACUAUCACUAGGAGGGACCAUGAACUUCAAUCACUUUGGAAGUGAUGUAUUCACAGGCGUGGGCUCGAUAUUUCAUCACCUCACUUGUAAAUGACAGUUUGUAUAUGUGUAACUUCUCACUGUAGUUGGAUCAUAAGUGAUGUAUAUAUGGUUCUGCUGUGGUUCACGAGGUCUAUGAUGCUCAGAGCGCGCCU